GGCACAGCCCCCCCCCUGAAUCUUAUCCCCUCCUCUCCAUCCUCGGCGAGCACAGAGCGGCCGGCACUGCGGCGGAGGUCCAACCCGAGCUCGGAUUCCCCAACCGCGCAACCCUCUCCAUGGCGCGCGUGGUGCGGCGGCGAGCCCCCGUGCAUUCCCCUCGCCUGCGCGCGGCCUGCUAAGCCACCAUUCCUCUCCGCGCGCCCUCCUCCCCUUCUCCCUGGUAAAUCCACGCCACUCCUCAUGAGUCCGCCGGCCUACACCGCCUCCCCCUGCACGGGUUCCGCUCUCUUCUCCAACUCCCGAGCGCCGCCGCCGCGUCUUCUUCUCCAGCGUGGCCCGGGGGCGCCGUCGUCCGCGGGGCGGCACGGCGGCCGCGUUGCCCCGUCGCAGGAGAGGCGCCGCCCCGCCCCGGCGCAGGAGAAGCGCCGCCCCUCGGAGUCGUCGUCCCGGACCCAGCUCCCGGAGCGGAAGCGGCACUGGAAGGCGGGAGAGUUCCCGGGGACCGCUACUGCCGAUGGGGGUGGCGGCGGACGGCUCCCCGCGCAGGGGAAGCGGCAUUCCAAGGCCGGGGAGUUCCCCGGGACGGACGACGGCGGCCGCCCCGCCCCCGCGCUGCCACAGGGGAAGCGACAUUGGAAGGCCGGCGAGUUCCCGGGAAUUGCCGUUGCCCCCGGUUCUGGGACGCCGAGGACUCCCCUCAAGAACGUCAAGAAGCGGCUGGACGCCCGCGCGGAAGCCAAGGCGUGGGCAUGCACCGUCACCGAAGCCCUCGCCGACCGUGUCACAUCCAAGAAUUGGCAAGAGGCGCUUCAGGUGUUUGAGAUGCUCAAGGAACAACCGUUCUACCAUCCCAAAGAGGGCACCUUCAUGAAGCUCAUUGUGCUGCUCGGCCGCUCAGGGCAGCCUGCCCGAGCGCACCAACUCUUCGACGAGAUGUUGCAACAAGGAUGCCAGCCCACCCCUGGGCUUUACACCGCCUUAAUUGGGGCCUACUGCCGCAGCGGUCUACUGGAUGAUGCGCUCCAGCUCCUCAAUGACAUGAAGGGCUCACCGUUGUGCCAGCCUGAUGUCUACACCUACAGCACCAUCAUCAAGGCCUGUGUUGAUGCCACAAGGUUUGACCUCAUCGAUGUUAUGUACAAAGACAUGGCUGAGCGCUCUAUAGCGCCCAACACGGUCACGCAGAAUAUUGUCCUCAGUGGCUAUGGAAAAGCUGGACGGUUGGAUGACAUGGAGAAGGUGCUCUCUGAUAUGCUCGACAGCACAGCCUGCAAACCGGAUGUCUGGACCAUGAACAUUAUCUUAAGCCUGUUUGGAAACAAGGGCCAGGUUGAAUUGAUGGAAAAAUGGUAUGAGAAAUUCCGAAGCUACGGGAUCGAACCAGAGACUCGCACACUGAACAUCCUGAUUGGUGCCUAUGGGAAGAAGCGGAUGUAUGAUAAGAUGUCUGCAGUCAUGGAGUACAUGCGCAAGCUUGCGUUCCCAUGGACAACCGCGACAUACAACAAUGUGAUUGAGGCAUUUGCCGAGGCGGGUGAUGCCAAAAACAUGGAGCACACAUUUAACCAGAUGCGCUCUGAGGGUAUGAAGCCAGAUACAAAGACCUUCUGCUGUCUAAUAAAUGGGUUUAGCAAAGCAGGCCAAUUCCAUAAGGUGGUGGGCAUGGUUAAGCUUGCUGAGAGGCUUGAUGUGCCUGCAAAUACAUCUUUUCACAAUGCUAUUCUUGGUGCAUGUGCAAGAGCAGAUGAUCUUAUGGAGAUGGAGAGGGUCUUCAGGCACAUGAAGCAUACACAGUGUGAUCCCGAUGCUGUGACAUACUCUAUCUUGGUGGAAGCUUAUCGCAAGGAAGGAAUGACCGAUAAGAUUUAUGCUUUGCAUCAGGAGAACCCAGCUUUGGUUCCGACUGAUUUUGUCAUGGUUUAACUGACCCACUGACUGAAUCGCGGUCCAGAAAUGUUAAAUCCUGGUUGCAUUGGUUGAGAAUCUUCUUGCUAUCCACGUUUUGGAAUUGAUAAUGCUACCAAGCAGAGUGGCAACCAUUCUCCAACUCCAUUUUUUGUCUGUUGUCCUGCAGAGUUAGUAUAGAGUAUAGAUGUCUCCUCCAACUCAAGGGGUUUUCAGCGAGAUGUACCCACGAACCACAGUAUGUAUAACUCAGAUCAGAUACAAGGAGUUAUAAGGCUCUGAAAGUGCCUCAGCAAGAUUCUGUCCAGUUUGAGUUGCCAAGUAUUUGAAAACAGAGGGAGUUUACUGAACUGAUGAAUGGGAACCAAAUUGUAUGUUUAUCCUGCACUAUGGCACUGUUAAUCCUGUUCUUGACAAGACAGGGGUUUGGGAGAAUAAAAGAAUUCCUAUUCCGAUGGUAAAGCUUUCUGUCGCCGUACUCUGUACCAGAUUACUUUCCUAUGCCCAAAUUCUUUCAGAUCAAUAGUUGGAACUUUUUCACAUCUUUUUCAUCAAUAUAUAGCCAUGACUUCUAGUAUGUUGCACAUGUACUGAACUUGGAAUAUGUGUACAAAAGGGUAGGCAUUAAGUUUUCUCUAGCACCCUUAAAGUGUAGUUUAGUGAUCAUGUGUAUUUCACCAAACAGUAUGUUAAGGUAGUGGAUAAAAUUUGAUUUGUCA